AAAGAAAAUAAAAAAGGAUCACCAAAUCAAAACCUUAAUCCAAUGUGUCUUCGUUGAUCAAAACGAUAAUCCAUAUUCAUCUCCAACUCAAUCUAUCGUUGUGCCAUUAUCGAGGGAUUCAUUCGAAAAUACGAACUUUUUGAUCAUAGGAAAAUGCCUCAUCCGACCUUGCAGCCGCCCGAGAAGUCUGCCAGCUCCGUACACGCCGAGAACGAGAAGCAUAUUGGCCCUGCCUCACCAAGUGUCAAUGCCGUGUCGCAAGAACCAAUCGAGGAGGAGCAGAAGGGAUCGGAUGGCGACGGAGAGCGGCCUCCCUUGCCCGACCUAAGCCUCUCGCAGGUCCUGGAAGAGGUGGACGCCUUCCUCAAUAAACUAUCAUCGUCCAAUGGCUCCGACGAGAAUAACGUGCCGAUGGAGAUCCCGGAUGCCAUCGAGGUCUUGUCAAGGACGGUGGAAUCUGUGAUCGAAAAGUGUAACUACGUCCCGGGCGAAGGGAAAUCUAAGUGCUGCCAGAUUAAUGAUGAGGAUUGUUCGUCCUUCUUUGAUGCGAUCGAUCGCCUCUCUAAGGUCACCAAAAAGCUUGGUGAGCUGUCCCCAAGUCCCACCACGUCGAGUUUUUUAAACCGGACAAGCGCAGUGUUGCAAAGGGCCAUGUUGUGUCUCGAGGACGAGCUCCGGACCAUCCUAGAGAAUGCAAAGGGUGGCGGAGGUGGCAAGGUCGAUCACCACCAUCCGCCGGAUAAUAACAUCAACCAGAAGCACUCGAAGUCCGCGGCGAAGCACAGUUCCUUCAAUAACCACAACAAUCAUCACGAGUCGACGGAUCACAAGCCUGAGCCCGAGCCUGCUGGAAGCUCUGAGGAAGAGACGUUCCCUGGCAUUUCCGCCGAGGCAGUCUCAAAGAUGAACAAGAUCGCCAGCGCGAUGAUUCACGCAGGCUAUGAGAAUGAGUGCUGCAUCCUGUACAGCAUUAUGCGGAGGAACACUCUCAAGUCCGCGUUAAUUAAUCUCGGGUUUGAAAUCAUAAGCAUUGACGAUUUACAAAAGAUGCAAUGGGAAUCUCUCGAGGGGGAGAUCGCGUCAUGGAUCGGGAUCGUGAGGGAGUGUUCGACAAGCCUCUUCUCGAAGGAGCGGAAUUUAUGCGAGUCAGUUUUCUCCAAUCAUCUUGAGAUAGCUAGAGGACUGUUUGGGAACCUUGAGACGGCAGUGUGCGUGCACUUUCUGAACUUUGCGGAGGCGGCUGUGCUAACAAAGCGGUCAGCAGAGAAGCUGUUCAAGUUCUUGGAUAUUUACGAGGCCAUGCGGGACCUCGGCAGUUCCAUCAGCGGGGCCGAGGAUGGCGCCGACCCUGAGGAGAAGAGUCUAAGGUCAGAGAUAGAGGAGGCCAAGGCCCAUAUAGGAGAGGCUGCGGUGAGCAUGUUCUGUGAACUGGAAAACUCAAUACAAAGCGAUAACGGGCGGACCCCGGUCCCAAGCGGGGCGGUCCACCCGCUCACCCGAUACACCAUGAACUAUCUUGAGUACGCGUGCGUGUAUAGAGAUACACUCGAGCAGGUCUUCCGUCAGAAUUGCCGCAGAGCAGGAGCUGGAUCGCAACCCAGCGAAGGGAAAGAUGAGGAUGAGGCAAGCACAGGCCGCACGGAGUUUGCAGCGCAGCUGGUGAGGGUGAUGGAGCUGCUCGACGCGAACCUUGAUAUGAAGUCCAGGCUGUACCGGGACCCUUCAUUGCGGUAUAUAUUCCUGAUGAAUAACGGGCGUUACAUCCUGCAGAAGAUUAAAGGAUCAAAUGAGAUACACGAGGUGAUGGGAGACACGUGGUGCCGGAGGAGGUCGUCGGACCUCCGGAGCUACCACAAGAACUACCAGCGGGAGACGUGGUACCGGCUGUUGCAGUGCCUGAGCCACGAGGGGCUGCUGGUGAACGGGAAGGUGUCGAAGCCAGUGCUCAAGGAGAGGUUCAAGAGCUUCAACGCCAUGUUCGAUGACAUCCAUAAGACGCAGAGCGCGUGGGUCGUGAGCGACGAGCAGCUCCAGUCGGAGCUCCGUGUCUCAAUCUCCGCCGUCGUCACCCCGGCAUACCGCUCCUUCCUAGGGCGGUUCAACCAGUACCUCGCCCCGGGGAGGCAGAGCGAGAAGUACAUCAAGUACCAGUCCGAGGAUAUUGAGUCACUCAUCGAUGAGUUGUUCGACGGGAACCGGACCUCCAUGGCCAGGCGAAGAACAUAGAAUAAAAGCAUACCAUGAUGCAACCAUAGAGGUAUGGACCAUAUGCAGCUGAUACGGAUUUCAUCAUUCUCGGUUUUUACUGUUACAAUUUUUUUUUCUUUUUUGGUUUACAUACACACAUACACAUACAUAUAUAUUAUGCAUUUUUGUUCUGGUAAAUUUGUUGUAAAAUUAUGCAUAUACUUCAUCUGGUCUGUCUUGUUUGAUGAUACGGAAAUGGAAUUGUUGACACGGAAGAUCAGGAGAGUGAUGUAAGGCAACAAACGAUUUGUUGUUGAUCCAU